GACCAAUGAGGAGGCGGCAUGAAGGGUGAAGGCGGGGUUGGAACUGCGGCUCGGCCAAUCAGGAUCAGGUCUCCGGCCGCAGUGAGGCGUAGACCCGCCUCGCGGUUCCAUUUCGGUUUGAGGAGACGCGGCGCUCGAGCCCAAAGAAAGAAAAUAAAAAUAAUAAUAAAAAUAAAAAUAAAAAAACCUCGCAAAUAAGGACAGAGCUAAUCGUGGUCUUUUUUUUUUAAAAAAUUAUUUAAAUAAAGACUACCGAAUACAUCUUAAACGAGAUUUGAAAGUUUAACUGAGGUUUAUUCGUCUUUUUUUUUUUUAAAUUUUUUGGGUUACGAAACACGGUCGUUUUUUUUUUUUUUUUUUUUUUUUUUUUUUUAAAUUUUUCUUUUCUUUUCUUUUUUUUAAUUUUUAUUUUUUUAUUAAAACAUUAGCGCAAGCCGCGGCCUACAAAGCGGGUUACAGUAUCCCCAGAGCGCCGCGGAGAGGCACAAACAAAACAGAACCGAGUUCAAAAUAGCCAAGUUUGGGUUUAAAAGUAUGGCGGAGUACGGUAACGGUCUCACCGAAGAGUCAAUGCUGGAUUCAGACCCCGGACACCCGGAGCUUGAAGACCCAGGAGCCGGCGACGAAGACCCCGGCCUUGAGGAGGGAGAGGCCGCCAUUGAAGAUCCGGAGCUGGAAGCGAUCAAAGCUCGGGUUCGAGAGAUGGAGGAGGAAGCAGAGAAGCUGAAGGAGCUUCAGAAUGAGGUGGAGAAACAGAUGAACCUCAGCCCCCCUCCAGCAGGUCCUGUGAUCAUGUCUUUAGAAGAGAAGAUGGAGGCUGAUGCCCGAUCCAUCUAUGUAGGAAAUGUGGAUUACGGGGCGACAGCAGAGGAACUGGAAGCUCAUUUUCACGGCUGCGGUUCUGUGAACAGAGUCACGAUCCUGUGUGACAAGUUCACAGGCCAUCCUAAAGGGUUUGCCUACAUUGAAUUUUCGGACAAGGAGUCUGUCCGGACGUCCAUGGCGCUUGACGAGUCCCUCUUCAGAGGACGACAGAUCAAGGUGGGAGCGAAGCGGACAAACCGGCCCGGAAUCAGCACCACAGACCGGGGAUUUCCUAGAGCUCGCUUCCGAUCGCGAGGGACCUUCUCCGCGUCCCGCUCCCGCUACUACAGCGGAUUCACCCCCCCCAGAGGCAGGGGCAGGGCCUUCAGGGGCCGUGGGAGAACAUCAUCCUGGUAUUCCCCUUACUAAUUAUCUCCCCCCCACCCUACCAUAAUCCCCCAAAAAAGAGAGAAAGAAAACACAAAAAACAGACAGUUUAAAAAGAAAAAAAAAAAAAAAAGAAAAAAAUGGAAAAAGGAAGAAAACUGGAAGACUAAAAAAAGAAAAGAAAAAAAAAUCUUCCUCCUUUAUCACCCGGACAGGACAGACAGACAGACAGACAGACAGACAGACAGGACAGGCCAAGCAAGUGUGGGGGAGUCAGUGUUCAAAUGAUUUAUAAUGUUCUUCUGUUUUGAGUUGUGCUCCCUGUUGCUAGCAGGCACAUGCGCACACGUGUGUGUGUGUGCUGUGUGCGCGCGUGUGCAUGUACGUGUACACGCGUGUUUGUGCGCCGGUGGACAGCCCCAGCAGUGGGUAAGGUGUUUUUUCUGGGGGGGGGGGGGGGGGCAGGGAUUAUAAAGUUAUACAGUAUUUCUUCGCCUCGCUCUCUUGAUUGUGAUGAUAGCGUGGAUACACAAAGCAAUCUCUACUUGACAAAAGACAUGUGUCUUUUUGCAGUCGGAGUUGUUUUAUAUACUAUGUUUCCCUGAAUGGCCAACAUGUAUAUAUUUUUUAAAAUCUACCCUCUUUCUGGCUUCUGACUCCCCACCCCCCACCCCCCCCCCUCAUUUCACUUUCCGAUUUGACUAACGUCUCCCAUUUUCAGUCGAACAGCUUCCCUUUUUCUUGCCUCUAUCCUUUUUCUCAACUCUUACUCACUUUUUUUUUUUAAAGACUGUGUGAUUAACCUUUUUUUUUUUUUUUUUUUUAA